AUGGAUCGCCUCUUGAUCACCGUUCUCUUGUGCCUUUACACUUCUUUCAAAAUCGCUGAAAAUCAAAUCAUACCACCCCCUUGCACGGAGAUAGGUGCUUUUGAGAUUUACGAUGGAACUUGCAAGAAUUAUUAUAUUUGCGUGGAUGACGGCGUGAAUCUCACACCAGUGAUAUUGUCGUGCGCCAGUUCUGCCAUAUUCGAUCCUCUUCAGGGUAGAUGCGUGCUUGAAAGCAUAGAAACGUGCCAACAAACGACGACAAUGGCAUCAUCGACAACCGCAGCACCACUAUGCCCUAAAUACGGCAGAUUCCCGAUACUGGACGUGAACUGUAAGCGCUAUUACUUAUGCUAUUGGGGCGGCCAGAGUUUCACCAUUUUGGAUAAUCUCUCGUGUCCAAAUGCACUGAUAUUCAAUCCAAUGAAAGAAAAAUGUGUAUCGCCUUCACAGUACAUAUGUCCAGGGAUAACCACAUAA